UUAUUUUUGCUCUCUGUUUUACUAGUGUUUGAGUUUUUAAUGAUUCACGCGAUUAUUAGUUGUAUAGCUGAUGCUUUAGCGUAUUUCCUUUGGAAUUGAUAGUUGAUUUUGGUUUAUUGUACGUGUUUUUCUAUGUUCGUUAGUUAAUCUAUGCUAAUCCUUACGCUUAAGUACUGCGUAAUUGUUCGAAUACUCAAGCUGUGUGUAUCUCAAUGUAGUUUUAAUGUAUUACUACUUGAAGUAAAUAUGGAUGGGAUGGCUGGGAGUGAAGCUGGGAUGAUGAAUUACUUGCGUCAUCAUAUGAGUGAUGGGAAUGCCAUUGAUCACGAUGAGAUUGUCCAUGAUGAUAACAAUGGUGGAAAUGAAUUCACGGACAGGGAUGUCUCUGUUGAUGCGGAGAAUCAAUCAGGAAACCAUGGAGGGGCGGUUACACACAGCAGCAUUGAGGCUAACAAUCAACUAACCCUUUCGUUUCAGGGUCAGCUCUAUGUAUUUGACUCCGUUUCGCCCGAUAAGGUUCAAGCUGUACUUCUACUACUGGGAGGACGUGAAGUGCCUCUAAACAUUCCCCCUAUUGCCGUAUCUGGAUCUAAUAACAGAGUUUUAUCCGCACCUCCGAAGCUCAAUGUUCCUCAGAGAUUGGCUUCAUUAAUUAGAUUCCGUGAGAAGCGGAAAGAACGAAAUUUUGACAAAAAGAUACGAUAUACUGUUCGGAAGGAAGUGGCUCUUAGGAUGCAGCGGAAUAAAGGACAGUUCACAUCCUCGAAGCCCAACAGUGCUAACGAUUCAGCUUUAGUUGUGUCAAGUUGGGACUCAAGCCAAAGUUUGGGAGAUGGAAAUGGAUCACCAGUUCCCGAAAUAUUUUGCCGCCACUGUGGUAUCAGCGUGAGAUCUACCCCAAUGAUGCGCCGGGGUCCUGAAGGACCCAGGACACUUUGCAAUGCAUGCGGACUUAUGUGGGCAAAUAAGGGGACUUUGAGGGACCUCUCGAAGACAUCAACUUCGCAAGGAACAAAUCUUCUGCUUAAAAUGACCGACGAGCAGAAUGAGAAUUUAGAUGCAGAAGAAAUGGCUUUGAGCACUGAAGCAAAUGCCAAUGAUUCAUCAUGAUCAGUGAGUGAGAUUUAUUUAUCUAUCUAUCCGCUAAGCUUGCUUUGAUGGUAAUGCUAUAAUCUGAAUCUCCAUUGUCUUCUUUGUUUCGUGUAGUCUAAAUUGUUAGUCAUGUUAUGCAAACUGUUGCCCUUCUUAAUGCCCUUGUAGAUUAUCAUAAUAUUUAUUAUUCAUAUAUAAUAUGCCUUUCCCCUUUUCUUGCCA